CGCAGGCGCGGUGGUGCGGGGGGCUCUGAGGGCUGAGGGGCGCGCUCGAUCCGGAGGGAGUGAAGCUCGAGCCGCCGCCAUGGCCGAGACGAAAAUAAUUUACCACAUGGACGAGGAGGAGACGCCGUACCUGGUGAAGCUGCAGUUACCCGCCGACAGGGUGACGCUGGCCGACUUCAAACUGGUUCUGAACAAACCCAACUACAAAUUCUUCUUCAAAUCCAUGGACCAGGACUUCGGUGUUGUGAAAGAAGAAAUCUCUGAUGACAACGCAAAGCUGCCUUGUUUCAACGGGAGGGUUGUCUCCUGGUUGGUAUCUGCUGAAGGCUCACAGCCAGAGCCAGCGCCUCACCCAGUUAGCACAAUGCCGGAUGUACCUCCUCCAAUCGAACGAACAGGUGGAAUCGGAGACUCGAGACCUCCUUCUUUCCAUGCAAACGUGGCUGGGAGUCGGGAGAAUUUGGAUAACGAGACCGAGACGGAAUCGGUGGUGUUGUCCCGGAGAGAGAAGCCGCGACGGAGGGAGAGUAUGGAACAUGGUCCCAGAGUUAAUGGACACCCAAAGAUGGAGCGACAUCUUGCUGGUUACGAGAGCUCGUCCACACUCCUGAGCAGUGAGCUAGAAACCACCAGCUUCUGUGACUCGGAUGAGGAUGAUGCAGCCAGCAGAUUCAGCAGCUCCACUGAACAGAGCACCAACUCGCGGAUCCUGAAACGCCACCGGCGCAGACGGAAACAGAGGCCCCCACGACUCGAACGUGCCUCCUCGUUUAGCAGCGUCACUGAUUCGACAAUGUCCCUGAACAUCAUCACAGUCACGUUGAACAUGGAGAAGUACAACUUUCUGGGUAUCAGUAUUGUUGGCCAGAGUAAUGAGCGAGGGGACGGAGGGAUCUACAUUGGAUCAAUAAUGAAAGGUGGAGCAGUGGCUGCAGACGGGAGGAUCGAACCUGGUGACAUGCUGUUACAGGUGAACGACAUCAACUUUGAGAACAUGAGCAAUGACGAUGCUGUGCGGGUUUUGAGAGAGAUAGUUCACAAGCCCGGGCCAAUCAUUUUAACGGUUGCCAAAUGCUGGGACCCAUCACCUCAGGGCUACUUCACUUUGCCCAGAAAUGAGCCGAUCCGACCUAUUGAUCCUGCUGCCUGGGUGUCUCACUCUGUUGCAUUAACUGGUGCAUAUCCAGCUUAUGGUGCUAGUUCAUCCAUGAGCACCAUCACCUCGAGCAGCUCAAUUACCGAAACCGAACGUUUUGACGACUUUAACCUGUCCAUCCACACGGAUAUGAUGUCUGUUGCUAAGGCGAUGGCUUCCCCAGAGUCUGGCCUUGAGGUUCGAGACAGGAUGUGGUUGAAGAUUACAAUCCCCAAUGCAUUCUUAGGCUCCGACGUUGUGGACUGGCUGUACCACCACAUCGAGGGCUUCCAGGAUCGCAGGGAGGCGAGGAAGUACGCGAGUAACCUGCUGAAGGCUGGCUUCAUCCGUCACACCGUCAACAAGAUCACCUUUUCCGAGCAGUGUUACUACAUCUUUGGGGAUUUCAGUGGUUGUGAAAACUACUUGGCCAAUCUCUCCUUGAAUGACAAUGACGGUUCAAGUGGCGCCUCCGACCAGGACACGUUGACCCCUCUCCCUCACCCGGGUACCACCCCGUGGCCGAUAAUGCAUUCCUUCCAGUAUCCCUACCCGCCUCCACAUCCCUACUCCACGCAGCCACCCAGUUACCACGAGCUAACUACCUACAGCUACGGGGGAGGAGGAAGUGCUGGCAGCCAGCACAGUGAAGGAAGCCGGAGCAGUGGGUCCAACCGCAGCGAGAGCGAGAGGCGCACGGGCAAAGACAAAGACAGUAAAACGGUGGACUCCAAGUCGGGCAGUGGCAGCGAGUCGGAGUACUCCACCCGGAGCAGCGUGCGCCGCGAUCACACCGGGAGCGAGCGCUCGGCUGCCAACAGUGAGCAUAGCCACCGCAGCCACCACCACUCGGUCAUGGGCAGUGUGCGCUCCCACCAUUCUGUCCACCCCUACGGGCCGCCGGGGGUCCCGCUGCAGUACAACCCCCUGAUGGUGAUGAUGGUGCCCCAGCCGCCACCACCGUCAUCUGCUGCCGUACCCCCCGGAGCGCCCCCAGUCCGUGACUUGGCCUCCGUGCCUCCUGAGCUCACUGCCAGCCGUCAAUCCUUUCACAUGGCCAUGGGAAACCCCAGCGAGUUCUUCGUGGACGUCAUGUGACUCAGGCGGUGGAGCGGCACUUCUCCAGUUUGUUCUCUUUCUCUCUCUCUCUCUCACACACGCACCUCUCUCUCUCUCUCACAUCUCUCUCUCUCUCACAUCUCUCUCUCUCUCACAUCUCUCUCUCUCUCACACAUUUCUCUCUCUCACAUCUCUCUCUCUCACAUCUCUCUCUCUCUCUCUCACAUCUCUCUCUCUCUCACAUCUCUCUCUCACAUCUCUCACAUCUCUCUCUCACCUCUCUGUCUCUCUGUCUCUCUCUCUCUCUCUCUCUCUCUCUCUCUCUCUCUCUUCCCUUCUAUGUCGCUGCAUCAGUCUCAAAGAAGUGGGGAGGCGGGAGGUGGGGGUGAAGAUUCUGGUGCUGACAUUGUAAAUAACGUCACUUUUCCACACCCACGAUGCUGAAACACUAAUCCAGGAGGGCUGGCUACACAAGCAGCCGCUGACCCUCGACAACAUGAGGCAGCCGUCACUGGAGCUGAAACCGAGACAAGUAUUUCAAAACGAACUGCGUUUUUUUUUUAGUAUAAUUUAAUUGAAGUACCAAUUAACAAGUGCAAUUCUAGUCUUUUAUUUCUUGUUUUUUUUUAUAUAUAUAUAUUAUAUACCAGGACGGAGUAUUAUCCUCCACUGUAAUCACUACGUCCCUGAUGGGUUUGUACCUGCAAACUCCAAAAAAAAAAUACAGUAACAAUUUAAACAACUGCAUGGCCACUGCCUGUGAGCUGCCCGGGGCCUGACAUUUCGGUAUCACGACCUUGCGGAGUAUUUGAUUGAGGGCCGGUCUGGCGGUCAGCCUUCUAUUCCCGUGCAGUGUCAUUCCAGGGACCAAGUGCAACGCCUGGGCUUGUGUUUUUUUUAAAAAUUGUAGAAUAAAGGUAACUCGGUUACCUUGUUGGAGUGUUUUCAGAAGGAAAGUCCGUUGGUAAUCCAGCUGUUAGCUCAGUAUUGCAACGAUUUUUGGAGUUUUUACAAAACAUAAAUAAACUUUACAGUCUUAUGAA